GUUUCCUCCAGAAGCCCUCAUCGUGCCAGAAUUCGUGACGGACAAGGAAAGACGACGAAUUAAUAAACUUAUGAGUGACAGAUAGAUAGGUGAGGAAUGGGUUCGUUAGAAGAGUAAUGGAUAAUGAAAUAAAUUCACUGGCGGUGGAAAUUGCAGGAACUAAUGUAUCUACUGCGUAUAUUUAUUCCCCGAAAAAUCAAUCAGCGAGUUUGGGAAUUUCUCAUCCUUUUAUUGUUAUAUUGCUGAAGAAUAUGAAGAGAUAUUUCACAAUGGAAAUUACGAUUUUAGAUGAAGACGGCAUGCAUAGAAGAUUUAAAUUGAGUAAUUUCCAAAGUAAGACUAAAAUAAGACCUUUUAGUACGACAAUGCCGAUGGGAUUAGGAUGUGGAUGGAAUCAAAUUCAACUAAACAUGGUAGAAUUGGUGAAAAUAGCAUAUGGAACUGUUUACAGAGAAACAACUAGAUUACAAAUCAAUGCGAAUUGUAGAAUCCGUCGUAUAUAUUUUUCUGAUAGAUUGUACGGAGAAGAAGAUUUACCAGAAGAGUACAGAAUUUCUUUUACGAAGCCGAAGGCGAAUAAAGAAGAUAAAAAAGAUCGAAGAAGUAUCACUUCAAAGACUUCAGAAAAUCGAUCAUUAAAUUCGCAAACUUCUCAGGAAAAAGCUCCAGGAGACAGGGGCUCGGUUAAUGACUCGCAGAAGGGUGAAGAAAACCCGAAGCUAGAAGUUAGGAUUCCUAUUACGGAGUACGACGAAGAUAGGAGCGAGCAAACUAAUCGGGAUUCGGUAAUUGAUGGAGAGUAUACUGCGACGGAAUUGAGUGAAACUGAAGCGGGAGAGUAUUCGGAUGACGAGGAGGGUGAAACGGAUAAUGGAGAAAUUGAAGAAACUGAUGAAGAAGAGGAAGGAGUGGAUGGAAAUGAGGAAAUUGAUGGAGAUGCCAAUGAAAGAGAGGAAUUAGGUCAGGCGGAAAAAGUCGGGGAAGAAGUAGGUCAAGAGGAAGAAAAUAAGGGUGAAAGUGGAGACAUUGGUGACGCUGAUAAAAAAGAAAUUGAUGUAGAGGAUAAUGGAGAAAAUGUGGAUAAAAUUAAGGAUAAUUUAGAUAAGAACGAAUUGAUUAAGGGAAUUGAUUUAAAAGGGGAAGAACUUAAUAUGAAUGAAAAAUUAAAUGAUGAGGGAAAAAAUGAGUUGAGUAAAGAAGAAAUUAAAAGUGAAUUUAAAGAAUUAAAUGAUAAUGGAAAAAUUAUGGAUAAUUUAGAUAAAAACGAAUCGAUUAAGGGAAUUGAUUUAAAGAGUGAAGAAGAAUUUAAUAUGAAUGAAGAAUUAAAUAAUGAUGGAAAAGAUGAGUCGAUUAAAAAAAAAAUUAAAAGUGAAUUGAAAGGAGAAUUAAAUAAUAAUUAUGAAUAUCAACAAACUUAUUAG